UCGACUUCGUCCACUUCCAUCAUCACCAUUCCUACCCAACCAUCUCGACUCGAUCGCGCUCCCGAAUCUCCACGUCCCGGUCGACGAGUCGAACAGGAUCCAGGAAGUUUUGGGUCAAGAAUCAAGAGAUUGGUGAAGCGCGCAGCUGGAGAAGUGCGCAUUGUUUUGGGUGGCUCCAGAGGGCGAAGGGUCGUCUCUGACCACAUCGCGCAGCCAUCUGCGCAAGCACUGCGAUCGUCGAAGAUCGUGCUUAAAGAUAAUAUCGUCUCUCGAGGAUAACACGAGCAAUCAUGUCGAACCUCAAUUUCCCUUAUUCGAGCGCGCCCCUGCGCACCGUCGAGGAGAUUCAAUUUGGCCUGUUUUCGGCCAAAGAGACUGAACGCCUCGCGGUCAUCGACAUCGAAUAUCCAGAGACGAUGGAUGAGCAGCGCCUCAGACCUCGAGAAAAAGGUCCGAACGAUCCUCAUCUCGGUACAAUCGAUCGCAAUUUCAAAUGCAGUACUUGUGAAGAGAACAUGGCUGAGUGCCCUGGACAUUUUGGUGUCAUCAAGCUUGCAACUCCAGUAUACCACUAUGGCUUCAUGACGAAAGUCAAGAAGAUCCUGGAGACGGUCUGCCACAACUGUGGCAAGAUUAAAGCACUUGAUACUGAAGAGUUUCGACACGCAAUUUCCCUUCGAGAUCGAAAGCGCCGUUUCGAUGCAGUGUGGCGAUUGAGCAAGCCCCGACUUAUUUGCGAAGCUGAUCCUCCUGAAGACCCCGAUCAACCGGUUAAAGGCCAACUUCAGCCCAAGCAUGGCGGCUGUGGUAAUGCGCAGCCUGAGAUUCGAAGAACUGGAUUGCAGUUGUGGGCCACUUGGAAGCCUCGAAAAGGAGAUGACGAUGAAGACAUCACACCUGACAAGAAGCGAAUCUUUCCUCAAGAUGCUCUCAACACCUUCCGCACGUUGACUGAUGAGACAUUAGAAAUGAUGGGUCUCAGUCUCGAUUACGCCCGUCCUGAAUGGAUGAUCCUGUCGGCUCUUCCAGUCCCUCCACCACCGGUUCGUCCCUCAAUCAGUGUUGACGGCAGCGGACAAGGACAACGUGGAGAAGAUGAUCUUACAUUCAAGCUGGGCGAUAUCAUUCGUGCGAAUCAAGCUGUGCUGCGUACUGAAGUCGAUGGCACACCUGACCAUAUCAAAGUCGAUCUGUGCGAUCUUCUCCAGUACCACAUUGCCACCUACAUGGACAAUGAGAUUGCUGGCUUGGAGAAGGCACAACACAAGAGUGGCCGACCGAUCAAGUCCAUCCGUGCUCGACUGAAGGGUAAAGAAGGUCGCCUGCGUCAGAACCUGAUGGGGAAACGUGUUGACUUUUCUGCUCGUACCGUCAUCACUGGCGACCCCAAUCUUUCGCUCGACGAAGUCGGUGUCCCACGGAGUAUUGCUCGUACAUUGACUUACCCGGAGACCGUCACACCUUUCAACCUCGACAAGCUCAAGCGUCUAGUGGCAAAUGGUCCGAAUGAGCAUCCUGGCGCCCGAUACGUCAUUCGGGAUACUGGCGAGCGGAUUGAUCUUCGACACCACAAGCGUGCUGGCGAGAUGACUUUACAGUAUGGCUGGAAAGUUGAGCGACAUAUUCAGGACGGAGAUGUCAUUCUCUUCAACCGUCAACCCUCUCUGCACAAAGAGUCCAUGAUGGGUCACCGUGUUCGUGUCAUGCCUUACUCUACCUUCCGACUGAAUCUCUCGGUCACGACACCCUACAACGCCGAUUUCGAUGGUGAUGAGAUGAACUUGCACGUCCCUCAAAACGAGGAGUCGAGAGCUGAGCUGGCCAACCUAUGUAUGGUCCCGCUCAACAUUGUCUCUCCACAACGUAACGGUCCCUUGAUGGGUAUCGUGCAGGACACACUCUGCGGUAUCUACAAGAUUUGUCGUCGUGACAUCUUCUUGACGCGAGAUCAGGUCAUGAACGUCAUGAUGUGGGUUCCUGAUUGGGAUGGGGUGAUUCCUCAGCCAGCUGUCAUCAAGCCUACACCUCGCUGGACGGGGAAGCAGAUGAUCAGUAUGGUGCUCCCGAAAGCCCUCAACCUUGAACGUAUGGAAGCCAAAGGCGAAGCUUUCAAGGAUCAUAAAGACCAGACUCUCUCUCCAAUCAACGAUACCGGUCUAAUGGUUCUAGAGGGAAAUCUAAUGUUUGGCUUGUUCAGCAAAAAGUUCGUGGGUACCAGUGCCGGCGGCAUUAUCCAUACCAUCUACAAUGAGUUUGGACACGAAGCUGCCAUGGCUUUCUUCAACGGCGCUCAGACCGUGGUCAACUACUGGCUUCUUCAUAACGGCUUCAGUAUCGGCAUUGGUGAUACGGUGCCUGAUCCUGCCACCGUUCGCAAGAUCCAGGAAGCUGUUGACGACAGAAAGACCGACGUCGAUCAGCUCACAGUUGCUGCGUACAAGGAAGAUCUCGAAGCCGCGCCCGGUAUGAAUGUUCGCCAAACAUUCGAGAGUAAGGUCAUGAACUUCCUUAAUCAGGCUCGUGAUCAGGCCGGUUCUGCAACCGAGAACAGUUUGAAAGAUCUGAAUAACGCCAUCCAGAUGGCUCGAGCUGGUUCCAAGGGUUCCACCAUCAACAUUGCGCAGAUGACUGCCAUUGUCGGUCAGCAGGCCGUGGAGGGUAAGCGUAUUCCCUUCGGUUUCAAGUAUCGUACUCUGCCGCAUUUCGCCAAAGACGAUUACUCGGCACCGUCUCGAGGCUUCGUCGAAAACUCCUAUCUUCGAGGCCUGACUCCCACUGAAUUCUUCUUCCACGCCAUGGCUGGUCGUGAAGGUCUGAUCGAUACAGCUGUCAAGACUGCCGAAACCGGCUACAUUCAGCGCCGACUCGUCAAAGCGCUUGAAGAAGUGACUGUGAAAUAUGAUACCACCGUUCGAGACUCCCGUGGCAACAUUGUUCAAUUCCUUUACGGCGAAGAUGGCCUUGAUGGUGGCCAUAUCGAAAACCAAAAGGUCGACAUCAUUACGAUGUCAGACGAGGCUUUCAUGAAUCGUUAUUCAGUCGACAUCAUGAGUGGUGAUACGUCAGUCUGGCGGGGCAAACUGCUGCAAGCCCGGGAAAUCCAGGGUGAUACGGAAAUGCAAGAGAUGUUCGACGAAGAACUCGAAGCUCUUCGUGAGUCCCGAGACUUCCUCCGAAGAAUGGGCAAAGGCACCGAGGAUAACUUCCAAUUGCCACUCAAUGUUGCGAGAAUCAUCGAUCAGGCUCAAAAGAACUUCAAGAUUCGUCGUGGAGACAAGACUGACCUGGACCCUCGCUAUGCGCUCACCGCAGUCAAGCAGCUGUUGGAUCGUCUUAUUGUGGUCCGUGGAGAGGAUGCUAUCUCAAAAGAAGCACAAUCCAAUGCCACGCUCCUCUUCAAGGCACAAUUGCGAUCGCGUCUUGCCUACAAGAGACUUGUUCUCGAGCACGGUCUCAACCGUUUGGCCUUCGAUAACGUCAUCGGUGGCAUUGAGAGUCGAUUCAUUGCCGCACAUGCCAAUCCUGGUGAAAUGGUUGGUGUCCUGGCCGCACAGUCUAUUGGAGAACCUGCCACUCAGAUGACCUUGAACACCUUCCAUUUCACCGGUGUGUCAGCAAAGAACGUCACUCUUGGUGUACCUCGUCUCAAGGAAAUCUUGAACGUGUCGCAAAACAUCCGAACUCCCUCAAUGACUGUUUACCAACUUCCAGAGAACACUGGCGACAAGGAGGCAGCCAAGUUGCUUCGAAGUCGAGUACAGCACACCAAUUUGCGGUCUGUUGCGGAGACGUGCGAAUUGUGGUACGAUCCAGAUAUUGAAAGCACCAUUAUUCCAGAAGAUCUCGAUAUGGUCGAAUCCUACUUCAUCAUUCCCGAGGAGAAUGAAGCAGAUCUCGCUCUGCACUCGAAGUGGCUAUUGCGUAUCACACUCAGUCGUGCCAAGCUCCUUGACAAAGGCCUCAACAUCCAAGAGGUUGCCGCAAAGAUCAAGUCCACUUAUGGCAAAGAUCUAUCGGUCAUCUUCAGCGACAUCAACGCUGAUGAGCAAGUCAUUCGUGUCCGACUCGUCCAAAACUAUGGCAAAGACGAGGAAGAAGAGCGAAGAGAGGAUGAUGAAAUUCUCCGACGCUUCCUGAACGAAAUGCUUGACCAUCUCACUUUCCACGGUGUUCCUGGAGUGUCCAGAGCUUUCAUCGAUCAGAAGAGUAAAGCCAUAAUCGACAGAGACAAUUCGGUCAAGAUGGCAAAGGCUGAUCCUGAAUGCAACGAGUUUGUUCUCGAGACCAGCGGCAGCGCUUUCGCAAAGGUCCUCGCCAUCGAAGGAGUGGACACUACCCGUACCUACACUAACAGAUUCACCGAAAUCUUCGAAGUGCUCGGUAUUGAGGCUACUCGUGCAGCCAUUUUGCGAGAAUUGACUCAAGUGUUGUCGUUUGAUGGUUCUUACGUCAACGCUCGUCACUUGGGUAUUCUAUGUGAUGUUAUGACUAGUCGUGGCUAUGUCAUGGCUGUCACUCGUCAUGGUAUCAACAAGUCCGACACGGGUGCCCUCAUGAGAUGUUCGUUUGAACAGACUGUGGAGAUUCUCCUGGAAGCUGCAGCUGCUGGUGAGUUGGACGAUUGUCGUGGUGUGUCAGAAAACUUGAUCCUGGGACAACCUGCUCCUGUGGGAACUGGGACAAUGGAUAUCCUUCUCGACCACAACAUGCUGGCAACAGUUGUCAGUGACAAUGCCAACCUCGGCCUUGGUGGAGUGAUUGGCGUCAAGGGCACUCAGCAAAUGCUCGAAGGAGCUGCCACUCCUUACGACAUUGGUUCGCCAACACAGGAUAGCGGCUACCUGGGCUCGCCAGAUUAUGGAGCUUCUUUCUCACCCAUUGCUGCUUCCGGUUCAGAGACUCCAGGAGGAUUCACAGAUUAUCAACCUGGCUUUGGUGGUGCUGGAGGGUUCAGUCCUUACGGCGCACGAAGCCCAGGAGGCUAUUCACCUGCUAGUCCUUUUGGUGGCACGAGCCCAGCCUCGCCUGGCUUCUCGCCUACGGCUGGAUACUCGCCAACCUCCCCCAUGUUCGGCGGCACCAGUCCAGGCUUUGGACCAACGUCCCCGUCAUUCUCACCAGCCAGUCCUGCAUUCACGCCAACAUCGCCUGCAUAUUCGCCAACUUCUCCUGGCUAUCAGGCAUCGCCGACCUCGCCCAGCUACUCUCCGACGUCGCCAAACUACUCACCGACUUCUCCUGCAUAUGGCUCGCCAACGUCGCCAAGCUACUCACCUACUUCUCCGGCGUUCAGUCCAACUUCGCCGACUUCACCCACGUCGCCUGUCUACAGUCCGACGUCACCAAUGUAUAGCCCGACCAGUCCGAUGUACGGUGGUGGCAAACAGCAAUCACCUACAUCACCAAGCUAUUCUCCGACGUCGCCCACUUACAGCCCCACCAGCCCGACUUCACCGACCAGUCCAUCGUACUCACCUACUAGUCCGGUGUACAAUGCCUCUCCAAGAAGUCCACAGGGGAGACCUGGCAACGUUAGCAGUCCUCAAUACUCUCCAAACAGUCCGCAGUAUUCACCAACCUCUCCAAAGGAGGACAAGGACGACUAAAACUGCUUUGUAUCAUCAUGCGACUUCAAUGUCGACCGAAUGCGAUUUCAGAAUCAGCGCGAACGAUGGAUCCAUUAAAUUGACCUUCUGUCUUUGCGCCACUUCCGAAAUGCAAUGUUAUGCUUAUCAUGCCUUGUUUUAUUGUUGGGCCGCCACUAAAUUGCCACUGGCGAGGAAACUCGUCCUAUUUUGCGGCCGCAUUAUUCUUUCACACACCCAAAAAAGAUUCAAACUCGAACAUUAGCGACGGCGUUGGAUGGUUUUUAUACAUGUCUUUUUUCGAUACGCGAUCGACGUGCUAUUUUGCAUGUGCUUGGUUGAAAUGGGAUCGGGAGAGAGAUUUGCGAUGAGGAAAUACAGAAUGAGGAUCCUGUGUCAGAUGAAGGGGCUUAGGGGUUGUGAAAGGAAAGGAGAGCCACUGUCAACGUGACAGAAUUCUUCAUUCGGUGGAUUAAUUCACCGCUUGCGGAGAGAUACGAUGCAGGCGGUACUUGGCCAGUGGUCGCCAUUAGUUGAGUUGACCGCGGUGAAAAUGGUCGACAUUGCAGGUGGCAAGGAGCAUGGAAAUGAGCGUGAGCAUAUCUUGCUGUGUACUCUAAGACUAAAAAAUAGACUGUCAACAGUUGAAGGACCGAGCGGCGCGAGCAUGGGUGCAGGAUGCAAAGCACAAGAGUGAGGAGCGGUAUGCUCGCAUCGCAUGGGAGAAGGAAAAGCAUUGCGCACGUCUACCGAUUGGUUGCCGGCUCUUUCAUGGACGUUGUACGUGUGCUUGAGGCGAGAUUGAUUCCAGUUGAGAAAUUGAAUACAAAAAGUCGAUAAUGA